GGGACUGGGAGCGUCGUCCAGGCUAGUGGCCGCUCGGGAGCUGGCCUUGGGCCCCCAAAUCCCGGUAGAGGGUCCAGAACACCUUCCGCGGCGGACUUUGACCAGAGGUUCGCACUGAACCUGGGUCAGGACGCAGCCCCGCAGCCUACCGUGCUAUCACUUCGCCCAACCCCUGCAGUGAUCUCAAGUUUGCCACCUCCGGACAGGGUCACUGACGGUCCCCCCAACUCCCCCGACAAGUGGAAGCCUCCCCGAGGGGACGGCCUGCGACUGGGGUGCAGGAGCCAGGCCGGAAGGAUCCAGCAGGUUGCAGGAGGGACUGCGAGAGGCGCCAAACCACAGCCCUCCUCGCCUCCCCCAGCGGCCACUGUCCUGGCCUCAGCAGCUGCAGCAGCCGCAACUGUGAGCAUCCCAGCCCGGCUCGAGUUACUGCCUCCUCCUGCAGCAUCUCCGGCCAGAAAGAGAAAACCUUGUUCAAGUUGCAGCAAAGACUUCCCCUGCACAGAACCGGGCUCUGGAAGGGCGCUGGAAUCUGCCUCCUUUCUCACGUCCAGAUCUCUGAGCUUAAGACAAGAACACCCCCCCACCCCUCAAACCGCUUUCUCCCGAGAGUCUGCUUGGUGGCCAGCUGCGCUGUUGGGAACAGAUUUUACAUCUCGGCUGACUUUUGAGUGAAGGCGAUCAGAGGAAAACAGGUCGCACUUCCAAUCUCAAGAUCUCAGACCCGGAUUCCUCUUCAAAAAAAAAUGGUUAUUUCUUCAAACACAUGCCUGAGCCUUUUCUGCUUGUUGUGGUGUCACUGGGUCAGGACAGCAUCACCUCUGAACCUUGAAGACCCCAACGUGUGCAGCCACUGGGAAAGCUACUCAGUGACUGUGCAAGAGUCAUACCCACAUCCCUUUGAUCAGAUUUACUACACCAGCUGCACCGACAUCCUAAACUGGUUUAAAUGCACGAGGCACAGAAUCAGUUAUCGGACAGCCUAUCGCCAUGGCGAGAAAACUAUGUAUAGACGCAAAUCCCAGUGUUGCCCUGGAUUUUAUGAAAGCCGGGACAUGUGUGUCCCUCACUGUGCUGAUAAAUGUGUCCAUGGUCGCUGCAUUGCUCCAAACACCUGUCAGUGUGAGCCUGGCUGGGGUGGCACCAACUGCUCCAGUGCCUGUGAUGGUGAUCAUUGGGGGCCUCACUGCAGCAGCCGGUGCCAAUGCAAAAACGGAGCUCUGUGCAACCCCAUCACCGGGGCUUGCCACUGCGCUGCAGGCUUCCGCGGAUGGCGCUGCGAGGAGCGUUGUGAGCAGGGUACCUAUGGCAACGACUGCCGCCAGAGAUGCCAGUGCCAGAACGGAGCAACUUGCAACCACAUCACUGGGGAGUGCCGUUGCCCACCCGGAUACACUGGAGCCUUCUGUGAGGAUCUUUGCCCCCCUGGCAAACACGGUCCACAGUGCGAGCAGAGAUGCCCCUGCCAAAAUGGAGGUGUGUGCCACCACGUCACUGGAGAGUGUUCUUGCCCUUCUGGCUGGAUGGGCACAGUGUGUGGUCAGCCUUGCCCCGAGGGUCGCUUUGGAAAGAACUGCUCCCAGGAAUGCCAGUGCCAUAAUGGAGGGACAUGUGACCCUGCCACAGGCCAGUGUCGCUGCAGCCCUGGAUACACAGGGGAACGGUGUCAGGAUGAAUGCCCUGUUGGGACCUACGGAGUUCACUGUGCUGAGUCUUGCCAGUGUGUCAACGGAGGGAAGUGUUACCAUGUGAGUGGGGCAUGCCUCUGUGAAGCAGGCUUUGCAGGUGAACUCUGUGAGGCACGUCUGUGUCCUGAGGGGCUCUACGGCAUCAAAUGUGACAAGCAGUGCCCCUGCCACCUGGACAACACUCAUAGCUGUCACCCAAUGUCUGGAGAGUGUGGCUGCAAGCCGGGCUGGUCAGGACUAUAUUGUAAUGAAACAUGCUCUCCUGGAUUCUACGGGGAAGCAUGCCGACAGAUCUGCAGCUGCCAAAACGGGGCUGACUGUGACAGUGUGACCGGGAGGUGCACCUGUGCUCCAGGAUUCACAGGAAUUGACUGCUCUACUCCCUGCCCUCUGCGAACCUAUGGGAUAAACUGUUCCUCUCGAUGUGGCUGCAAAAACGAUGCUGUCUGCUCUCCUGUGGAUGGGUCUUGUAUUUGCAAGGCAGGCUGGCAUGGGGUGGACUGUUCCAUCAGCUGCCCCAGUGGCACUUGGGGCUUUGGCUGUAACCUAACAUGCCAGUGCCUCAACAGGGGUGCCUGCAACACCCUGGAUGGGACCUGCACCUGUGCACCCGGAUGGCGAGGGGAGAAAUGCGAGCUUCCCUGCCAGGAUGGCACAUAUGGACUGAACUGUGCUGAGCGCUGUGACUGUAGCCAUGCAGAUGGCUGCCACCCCACCACUGGGCAUUGCCGCUGCCUUCCUGGAUGGUCAGGUGUGCACUGCGACAGUGUGUGUGCAGAGGGCCGCUGGGGCCCUAACUGCUCACUGCCCUGCUACUGUAAGAACGGAGCUUCAUGCUCACCUGAUGAUGGCGUCUGUGAGUGUGCACCUGGGUUCCGAGGCACCACUUGUCAGAGAAUCUGCUCCCCGGGUUUUUACGGGCAUCGCUGCAGCCAGACGUGCCCACAGUGUGUCCACAGCAGCGGCCCGUGCCACCACAUCACAGGCCUGUGUGACUGCUUGCCUGGCUUCACAGGUGCCCUGUGCAAUGAAGUGUGUCCCAGUGGCAGAUUUGGAAAAAACUGUGCAGGCAUCUGCACCUGCACCAACAACGGCACCUGCAACCCCAUCGACAGGUCCUGCCAGUGCUACCCAGGCUGGAUCGGCAGUGACUGCUCCCAGCCCUGCCCCCCUGCCCACUGGGGCCCGAAUUGUAUCCACACCUGCAACUGCCACAAUGGAGCCUUCUGCAGUGCCUAUGAUGGGGAAUGUAAAUGUACUCCAGGCUGGACAGGGCUCUACUGCACGCAGAGAUGUCCUCUGGGGUUUUACGGCAAGGACUGUACACUGAUAUGCCAGUGUCAAAAUGGGGCUGACUGUGACCACAUCUCUGGGCAGUGUACCUGCCGCACAGGAUUCAUGGGGAGGCACUGUGAGCAGAAAUGCCCUGCAGGAACAUACGGCUAUGGUUGUCGCCAGAUAUGUGACUGUCUGAACAACUCCACCUGUGACCAUAUUACUGGGACCUGUUACUGCAGCCCAGGAUGGAAGGGGGCACGAUGUGAUCAAGCUGGUGUUAUAAUCGUUGGCAAUCUGAACAGCUUAAGCCGAACCAGCACAGCUCUUCCCGCUGAUUCCUACCAGAUCGGAGCCAUCGCGGGCAUCAUCAUCCUUGUCCUCGUUGUGCUCUUCCUGCUGGCGCUGUUCAUUAUUUAUAGACACAAGCAGAAGGGGAAGGAGUCGAGCAUGCCGGCUGUGACCUACACCCCAGCCAUGAGGGUCAUCAAUGCGGAUUACACCAUUGCAGAAACCCUGCCCCACAGUAAUGGUGGAAAUGGCAAUAGUCACUACUUCACCAAUCCCAGCUACCAUACACUUACCCAGUGUGCCACAUCCUCUCAUGUCAACAACAGGGACAGGAUGACCAUUGCCAAGUCAAAAAACAACCAGUUGUUUGUGAACCUUAAAAAUGUGAAUCCAGGGAAAAGAGGCGCUGUGGUGGACUGCACUGGGACACUGCCGGCUGACUGGAAGCACGGCGGCUACCUCAAUGAGCUUGGUGCUUUUGGGCUUGACAGAAGUUAUCUGGGGAAGUCCUUAAAAGAUCUGGGAAAGAACUCUGAAUACAAUUCAAGUAAUUGCUCCCUCAGCAGUUCUGAAAACCCAUAUGCCACGAUUAAAGACCCCCCUGUACUGCUCCCUAAAAGCUCUGAGUGUGGCUACGUAGAGAUGAAGUCACCAGCACGAAGAGAUUCCCCAUAUGCAGAGAUCAAUAACUCAACUUCAGCUAACAAGAAUGUCUAUGAAAUUGAACCUACAGUGAGUGUUGUCCAAGGUGCAUUCAUCAAUAAUGGGCAUCUCACCCAAGAUCCAUAUGACCUCCCCAAGAACAGUCACAUCCCUUGCCAUUAUGACCUGCUGCCAGUACGGGACAGUUCAUCCUCCCCCAAGAGAGAGGAUGGAGGUGGGGGUGGCAGCAGCAGUGGCCGCAGCGGCAGCAGCAGCAGCAGCAGCAGCAGCAGCAGUAGCAGCAGCAGCAGCAGUGAAUGACACCAAAGGACCACUGGGGACCACCGAAACACUUUCCAGAACUGCAGCUCAGUUCUUUCCCAUCCUCCAGUUUGCCACCAUAGGUGAAUGUUAGCCAUUCGGAUAAGCAAUUGUUGAACACAUACCAGAAAGCUCAAGGUGAGGCUGACAUCAAUCAUAGGUGUGUUGUGAACAGGUGGCUUGGGAGGAGAUAGCAAUAUGACCUCCCAUUGCACUUAGGUUAGGAACUGUACCCAUGAAGCAUGACUUGUUUUAAGGUGUUGACUGAAGGGGUGAACCUGCCAAAAUUCCUUCAGAGGCACAGAUUGGAGUGGACACUGAGAUUGUCACUUAGAAAAUAAACAUUUAAAUGCUUGUCAUUUGCACCAUAGAGCCAUCUGAGAGUUGUGCAGAUUACCAUAAAUUUACUCAAUAAAAGUGGAAACUAUUAAUCAUGUAGAAGACAAGGAGUGUGUUAUACUGCAUCCCUCUUGAUUGGUUUUCCAGUUGGACCCAGAACUGCAGGGACUGUUUGGAUGCGGAAGGAAGCAUGGUAGGACUGAAUAACUGAGUAAGCACUAGUAGUGGGUAGCAAAUUCAAAUACAAAAAAUUUAGGGCUUUUUGUUUUGUUUUGUUUUAGAAUGAGAAAUGCAAAAUUAAAGUUAUUUUAGAAAUAAAGUAUUGCAAAAAAAAAAA